CGAGCCGUCAAGAGCGUUUCCAACUUCUGGACGGACCACUGUGGCUGCGGUCAUUCACUUAGCCAACUUCGCGGACUAGCCGAGGGUUUAGGAUUUAGCCGAAGACAUCCCUGAGCAUCUUGCAAACUGUUGACGACACUUCCGAGGUCGUAAACUCGAUCCCGAUAUGCGGUCCAAAACCUUGGAAAUCAGCUGGCACGGCACCUCCCCCAUCUUUGCAGCCGACUAUCAACCCUGGAGCGCAGCUCAGCUUCGCAAAGUCCUUCCCUUUCCCAGUUCCAGCUCCGGGUCGGGAUCCUCCGGGCUUGAACCUCCUUCCACUUCGACCUCGGCCUCGACCUCGAUCCCGGGGUUGCCGAGCACUCCUUCUCGUAAACAAAAACAGCAAGAUGUGGAUGGAGAUGUGGAGAACCUCGCGCCCGGAACGACUUCAGCGUCAACUCCCGUAGCGUCUUCAUCCUCCACAAGCAACAACAACGCUGGAGAUCAGGCCACGCCUACUCCAGGAAGGGGUCGUACAAGAGUCCGAGCUGGGUCCAUCUCCGUCUCCGGGUCCGCAAGGGAUGUCACGCCUACUCCUACUCAGAACCCUGCGAACGUGACGGCCUCGGCAGGAGGGUUCAAUGCUUCUGCUACGAGAGUCUACAGGUUGGCGACCGCUGGGGCUGAUAGUUGCGUUAGGAUCUGGACCGUCCACCCAAACGUGACUCACGGUCCAAACAUCAAUGCCGCCACGGGCUUAGAGAUCGCUCCUCAUCCUCCCCGUGCGGUCUAUGCGGCCUCGCUCAAGAGACAUACGGGCGCUGUCAACGUCGUCAGGUGGAGCCCGACAGGACAGUAUUUGGCUUCAGCCGGUGAUGACGGGACGAUCAUCAUCUGGCACCAGGUCGAAAGUCGGGCUGAUAUCGCCACGUUCGGGGAAGACGAGGAGGAAGAAAAAGCACACGAAAAGGAGUUUUGGAAGGAAAAGAGGAUGAUUGUUGCUACAAAGCAGGCUAUCUACGAUCUGGCUUGGAGUCCUGAUGGGAAAUAUAUCAUCACCGGGAGCACCGAUAACCUUGCGCAAGUCUUCUCCGUCGUCGAUGGCUCGUGCGUGCAUCAGAUUCAAGAUCAUUCACACUUUGUGCAAGGCGUCGCAUGGGAUCCCCUCAACGAGUAUCUUGCCACGCAGAGCAGCGAUAGAUCCGUCCAGGUACACUCGGUCAGUCAUCGCAACAACACCUUGACCAUCAGCCCCUUUGUCCGGGACCGCGCGGGUAGGGCGGGAUCUCAUAUGAACAUGGAGAUUCGAAGCUCGAGACCGCCUUCGUUCAGCGCGCUUCGACCGUCUAUGGGAAGAAGAGCGUCGACAGCGUCCGAGGCGGGUUCGGUCGUUACGCUUGCGUCGGAACUGCCCGAGAGUUCGUUCCCCAUACAGGCUGCGUCAUCGAGCACUCCGGUCCCCUCGACGCCAUUGUCCAACAUGAAUCCGCCGACGAACAUCCCUGGGUCGAGACGAUCGUCGUUCUCUUCGGCCGCCGCCAACUCGCCCUUGCUCACUGCCACGACGGGGCUUCGAGCGGGACGGUCACCUUCGCCUGCCCCGUUGCCAGCGAUCCGACCGAGCACAAGCAUGCCAUUGACGACGCAAUCGAUGAACCAAAAGUUGUACCGGGACGAGUUGGCCACCAACUUUUUCAGACGGUUGACAUUCGCUCCGGAUGGCAGUCUCUUGCUGACCCCAGCGGGACAGAUCGAAGAGUCUAUCUUCCCGACUCCCUUCAUUCCGGACGGUGGUGAUAGGGACAAGGUGCCCGGACCCAAAUCGAGCGAUACUUCGAAACCGAACGAUGCGUCCAAGUCGACCGUGUACAUUUACGCCCGGUCCAAUCUCAAUCGACCACCCAUCGCCCACCUUCCGGGCCAUCAGAGUACUACGGUCGCUGUCCGUUUCUCACCCAUCUUUUACGAGUUACGAAACAUCACGGGUCCACCCGCGGAACCGAAAAAGAUCAUUCUCGACAAGAAGAACCCGGAUCCAGUUCAGGUCAGUCUGAAUAUGCCGCCGCCGCCACCUCCUUCUGCGGCCGGAGCUACCGUCAAGGAAAAGAUCGGUCCUGUUGCCGGAUCAUCUCAGCCGCAACAGGCCGGGAUCUUCGCCCUGCCCUACAGGCUCAUGUUCGCCGUGGCGGCACAGGACUCGGUCUUGUUGUAUGAUACGCAACAAUCGGGUCCGAUCGCCAUCUUCAAAGGGUUACACUAUUCGGCGUUUACAGAUGUAGCUUGGUCGCCCACAGGAGACUCUUUGUUGCUGACAUCAUCUGACGGUUACUGCUCCAUUGUGGUCUUCGACACGGCCGAACUUGGACCGUUGCACGCCACUCAACAACAUCAUCGUCAACUACAAGCCAUUGCGCAAUCACACUCCACACCGGCACUGUCGGGAGGAACGUUCUCGCACCCCCCAUCGCCUGCUCCCUCCAACUCGCUGCCCACUCCGUAUACUUCGAGCUCGAGGAUGGAGAGGGAGACUUCGGUUAGCAGUACCGGAUUCCCCUCUGCUCCGGGGUCGGUAUCCGCGACACCUUCACCGUUCAUCACCAAAGCCGAACCUCUCAAGCUGCCGGAGAACAGGAGCGCAAGUAACGGGCCGCGUGAGAUUUACGGCCUACCAACCGGGAACGUACCUGUCAGUCGACCACCCAGCUCGGUAGCUUCUUCCGGAAUCGAAGAGGUGUCGGCAAGCGAAUUCAAGAGCAAGGCAGAGGGGAAGAACGGAGGUGCAAAGGACGGAUUGGGAGGCAAACGAUCGGCUGAAGACGAGGUCGAGCUGGUAGAGGGUGACUCGAAGCAAAAGAAGCGAAGGAUCGACCUCACCAAAGGAUCGUGAAGAUCCGCGUUUUGAAACGCUCCAGACGUGCUACGAGCAUAUAUAUAUAAUGUUUUCCGAUCUCCGCGUGGAAGAGUGACGCGGGAUCGGUGGGCGGCUGAAUUCGAUUGAUAUAUUUCAUGCAUCAUUCUAUAGCAAUAUAGCAAUCACCUGCGAAG